GCGAGAGGUAUGGCUGGCGCACUCGGCCGGAGCGGCUUAAGGAAGCUCCACAUGUAUUAUCUGCGACGAAGGAUUUAACAACUCCUGCGUGAAGCGACUGAGAGGGUCCCGCGCUGCCCUGAUGCGGUGCCGGACCGAUGCGCUCGACAGCGGCGCCACCACAAGUGUAUUACACGUAUCCUGGAGGUCAAGCCCCAUCGACGGCUUCAGUGCAGCCUUCGAAUGUGCCGACACCUGCGUUUCAAAUACCGCAACCGGUGCUAUGCGGCGCGCAGCAGUGGCCAUCGUUUAACCCGUGGCAGGGUAAUGGCGAAUGGGCUGAACCGACACAAGUUCCAGUUUCAGUGCCUGGCGCAGCACCAGCCCAAGCAGCGGCACCAGUACCUGCCCCAUUUCUUGGGCAACAUCAAGGCGGUAAUUCUCAUAAUGCUCACAGUGGACAGGGAGUCGGUCUGUCGACAUCUAGUGGAGGUGGGAAAGGACCGGCCGCUAACAACUUCCCAGGGUUUGGGAAUCGAGCUUACUUUACGAAAGAAUAUAUGGAGAUCUUUGAAGGGAUUAAGAUGGAGAAGGUGCUCGAUCAAGCCAAGAAGAAGAUGGCAAUCUCAAGGAGGAGCAGUGUGAAGAUCGUGGAACUGCCCGAUGACGGAGGACGUCCUGAGCCACUAAUGAAUGAGAAGAAUAAUGACAUGAAGGCAUGGGUAACUUCUACACUAGGAGACUCAUUGAAACUGAUCAACGAGAAGCUCGAGGAGGUGGACAAGAAGGCGAAGAUGAUCACUGGCGAGCGGGCUGAACUCGAACAGCUCCGAUUGGAGAAGCUGAAGAAUGAGAAGGAGAGUAAGGAGUCAAGCACCGAGAAGAGGAAACGGAUCAGGGUCUGUACGCCAGUUGAGCACUCCCCUUCAAGCACACGAGGGAAGACCCGAUCGCGCGGAAGCACGAAGACAAGGCCUAAGCGCAUUGAGAUCUUGGAUGACGAAGGAGAUGCCGGCGUCAGAAAAAAAUUUGGAACGAAGAUGGAGAGCUUGUGUGAGCUCUCGGAUAUCAAGCAGAUGCUAGCCGCGCUUCUGCAAGGGUUGAAUAAUCCUAAAGAGUAAGGUCAUUGAACCGACUCCAGCAGCAGUGGAGGAUGCCGAUCUUGUGCAGAACGCC